UCGCUCUGGGCCCUGCGGCUGGCGGCCGAGCCUUGUGCCUCCGCCAUAUUGUCUGUGUGAGGCCGGCGAGGGAGGCGCGGUGGUGGCUGCUGCCGCCUCCUCCUCAGGUUUUGUUUGUGAGCCAUCCUGAAAAUGCCUUAAAUUAUAAGUUGGAAAAUUCGGAGUUCUGCCUGAGGCCCACCACCACGAUUUGCACUGAAAUUGGAAGCGGCGCGAACACCAGAUCCUUAACCUAGCUCGGCCUGCCAAUCUGUCCACAAUGUCGGGACCUGUGCCAAGCAGGGCCAGAGUCUACACAGAUGUAAAUACACACAGACCACGAGAAUACUGGGAUUAUGAGUCGCACGUUGUUGAAUGGGGUAAUCAAGAUGACUACCAACUAGUCCGGAAAUUGGGCCGGGGCAAAUACAGUGAAGUCUUCGAAGCCAUCAACAUCACAAAUAAUGAAAAAGUAGUUGUUAAAAUCCUGAAGCCUGUGAAAAAGAAGAAAAUCAAGCGUGAAAUCAAAAUCUUGGAGAACUUGCGAGGCGGCCCCAACAUCAUCACCCUUGCAGAUAUAGUGAAAGACCCUGUGUCUCGGACCCCAGCCUUGGUUUUCGAACAUGUAAACAACACAGACUUUAAGCAAUUAUACCAAACGUUAACAGACUACGACAUCCGGUUCUACAUGUAUGAAAUCUUGAAGGCCCUGGAUUAUUGCCACAGUAUGGGGAUAAUGCACAGAGACGUCAAACCCCACAACGUCAUGAUUGACCAUGAGCACAGAAAGCUCCGGCUAAUAGAUUGGGGUUUGGCUGAAUUCUAUCAUCCUGGCCAAGAGUACAAUGUCCGAGUGGCUUCUAGAUACUUCAAAGGCCCAGAGCUCCUUGUAGAUUAUCAGAUGUACGACUACAGUUUGGACAUGUGGAGCUUGGGUUGCAUGCUCGCCAGCAUGAUCUUCCGAAAGGAGCCCUUCUUCCAUGGUCAUGAUAACUAUGAUCAGUUGGUGAGAAUAGCUAAGGUGCUCGGGACAGAAGACCUAUACGACUACAUUGACAAAUACAACAUUGAGCUUGACCCCCGUUUCAACGACAUCUUGGGCAGGCAUUCCCGCAAGCGAUGGGAACGCUUCGUCCACAGUGAGAAUCAGCAUUUGGUCAGCCCCGAGGCCCUGGAUUUCUUGGAUAAGUUGCUGCGAUAUGACCACCAAUCCCGCCUGACGGCAAGAGAAGCCAUGGAGCACCCUUACUUCUACCCCAUAGUGAAGGACCAGGCUCGGAUGGGCUCAACCAACAUGCCGGGCAGCAGCACCCCCGUCAGCAGCGCCAGUAUGUUGUCAGGGCUUUCUUCAGUGCCAACGUCUUCACCCCUGGGGCCUCUAGCCGGCUCGCCUGUGAUAGCUGCUGCCAACACCCUAGGUAUGCCAGUUCCAGCUGCCGCGGGAGCCCAGCAGUAAAGGAUGACGCCCCGUCUCCCAGAUGCCUGACCGGAGCCGGGUUGAGGCCGAGGUCCCUCCUCCACAUCCUUCCCCAGGACAACAGCAGCCGCUUGUGGCAGGCGUUGUGGGGAGGGAGAAGGGAGGGGACGGCAUGCUUUGGAGGAGUUAUGUCUGAACAGUUGCUUGUGGAUUUAUAGUAGUUCAGUCAUAAAAAAAAGAAAAAUAUAUAGGCCGAUUUCCCCCUUUUUUUACUUGAACUUUUCGUAUCUCAGGGGGUUCCCUGACAAAAUCUGCAGAUGGAGUAUUUCGUGGACAAUUCUCUCUCCCCCACCUUCCCUGUUCAUUUUAUUACUUGUAAGAUCCAAGGCAAGAUAACUGUGUUUCUCGAGGGUCUCGGUUCUUGCUGGAAAGCUCUCCCUCUUUCCCCGUUCCUUUCUGCUGGCUGAUGCCACGUCAGGGAUGGGGUGAGGGGUGAGAUUAGCAAGGACCUUUCGCUUUCUCCCCCUUUUGGGAAUUCCUGAGUUGUGCUCCUUAAAAGGCAGCAGGGAAGGACGAAGGUCUUUAAGCAGUGGUUGCGUCGUUUUUGCCUCUUUGCGAUUGAUAGCUAGAGGGGGAGGAGUUUCCGCUACCAAAAAUAAAUAUUUCAAGUUGCAGCAAAAGGUUUGUGGGACGGCAGCUUCCGUGUAGGAACAGGGUCUUCUCCUGUGAGCCCCCUUGGCUCAUCAGCAGCACCUCCCCCCUUGCACGUGUCCUCAUUUGGAAGUUUUCAGAUUUCAGGUCCAAGUCAGAAGGAAGCUGCCUUGACUCCUAGAAAGGGGUCUUGGCAUCUUCUCAAAAGUCGCUCUCUCUUUCCCGCUGCCCUCCUGGCAAGAUCCAUCAAUGUCUUCUUGGUUUGGUAUUUUGGAAAUGAGUUUGUCAGUGGGUAUCUCUCUUUAAAAGCAACUCAAGCUUCUGGUCGGCUGGUUGGUUCCGCCCAAACUGGACCAUGCAAACUGACAGCGGGACAUUCACCCGCCCACCUUCUUCCCAUGUGCCAUGUGAUGAGAGAUGCUGUUGUAUGGUGGGGUUUUGUUUUUUGCUUUUCAUUUCAUUUUUAACCUAACUCGUGGUCUUGUAAAUAGAAAGCGGAGGAGGGGUGGGGGAGGAAUGAGCAGCCUCGAGACUUUUGACAGAGAAAGGAAAAGAGAGCAAAGAACAAAAUGGUAGACCUGUAAGAAACCCUAGCCAUGGAGAGCAUCUGCUUCCCCCCUGUGUGCGUGUGUGUAUAUAACUCUUGUCCUUCCUAUACUGAAAGAUCCAGUGUUGGAAUUCCUUGAUGUAAAUAAAACUCUUGGGUUUUUUUUUUUUAAUUUAUCAAAAGGUUAGGUUUUACGUUUCCUGUGCAGAGGUUCUCUCUGAGCCAGCGCCACACGUCUUAAAUGCCGCUUGCGGCCCUCCAAACCACGAACCAGGGGGCUGGGGGUAAGUGGGCGGGCAGGCUCAGGCCGCUUCUCCAUCACUAUCUAUUUUGCACCGUGCACAGAUUUGGUUCUAGUAGCAAACAGCGCUAAGAAGCCUUACAAGAAGCAUCUCACAAGCCAAAGCAUCGCCCGGACCCUUGGCAUACGUUUUUUCCUUUCGCGCCUCGGCAGUGCUGGAAUUUAGGAUGGAGAGAGGGGUGGCUCUCUGCGUGCUGCUGUUCAGCGCCUGAUUCAAACCACUGACGGGGGAGACUUGGAGGCACAGCAGCCCCUUCCCGUUUCCUCCAGAGUUGCCUCCUCGUUGGACAACCACUACAAGAGGCAGUUUGCCUCGGGGGGAGGAGCACCGAUCACUUGAUUUUUCAAUAAUAUAUGCAACUUUUGGGGGUCGGAGUUAGGUAACCACGUAUUUCUUCCUGUUUUGUUAACUUUGUUCUUCUGGGUUGUGACACUUUUGAGGGUGUGGUCGAAGCCUCAGUGAAUUGCAUAGCGAAGAGCAUGAGAUCCUGGGCUGCAUUCUCCGUGGCCUCCCCACCACCACCUUGGAAAGUUAGUUUGGACUUAAAAAUUCACGCAACAGUAGCUUAUUGGAAACUCUGGUGGGUAAUUGUGGUGGUUCAUGGCCUCCUGCGGAUGUGAAAGCUAGGCCCACGCUGGACAACCUCUUCUUGGCAACAGUCGGUGGCUGUGAAAGAUUCAGCAUUCAGAAAUGUUGUGUGUCCAUCUUUGCACCGGCAUGGAGAGACCUACAAAAAACCUCUUUAAGCAGGCGAUAAUUUUCCCUCCCGUCACCUCUCUAUUUAACUUGGCAGAUUGGGCUAAUGUCGCAGACCAGUUGAGGGGAGAGCCCUACCCAGGGUGCAAAUUUCAGUAAGCUUCCGACCUUAAAUCAUGAGAAGGUGGGGGAGAUCAGGAGGUUUCUGAUUCAGGGAGCGAUGCAAACAAAUUUCCUUCUCCGUGCUUAAUGCCAGUUUUGCUGCCCAUCCAUGCAGCAGUCUUGAAAGGAGCGCGAGGAAACUGCAGAUUGUUAACAGCAUCUGUGUUGUAAAUUACCUCAUCUGUAUACCUUGUAUCAGAACACAUUUUUUAAAAGGAUUUCUCAGCACUUCCUGGUCCCCCCCCACACACAUUGUGUUAGAUGGCAGGAAAAUCAACUGCCAGUACAGAUAGCCGUGUUGGCAACUUAACUUUAAAAAAGGUUUUUUUAAAAAGAAGAAAAGAAAAAGUUUUUUUUAAUCUUGUUUGAAGUGAUCCUUUUUAUUUUUAUCUGUUGAAAUUUAGAUUAUUAUUAUUAUUUUGUUGUUUUCCUUUUGAAUUUAUUGGUUGUAAUUGUAUUGUACUUGUUCAGAACUAACCCUUAACUGUGCUGGGAAGAAGUUGUGCCAUGGAGGUCUUUAAUUUUUUAAAAAUAAAAUAAUUGAAACUAAA